AAGCUGCCUGUUCCUGAAACCUCAGGGGCGCUGCAGCGGGUGGCGAGCGUCUCUCUGUCCUGCCGCUCAGCCGCCUCUUCCGUCUGGCUGCGGGAGGGCGCUUGGCGGCGGCGGGGGGCGGCGGUGGUAGCGCGAGGAGCUCCGGCGGACAGAGGGCAGCGCCAGGCGACAAGCCCGCUAAUCUUUCGCGCGCGUCCAGCCGGCGAGGUGGAGAGCCUGGCGCCCGAGACGAGCCAGGCAACCCAGCAGAGAGCGAGCAGCUCCAUUCCUCUCCAAGCGCUCGGGGAUUUGCGAUUCCUCCCAUCCUUGCAGGGCGGCGAGACGGCAGGGCUCGCCAGCACCGGGGGCUGUGGGUCGCUCUUCGGACGUUUGCAGCCUGGGUGUGAAGCAGGCUGCUCUUGGCAAACCCACCCACCCCCGCGCCCAAAUCUAGUUACCCCAGUUCAUGGAUUAUCUGAAAAUGUCUGAAUGUAUCCAGCUUUCAUUUGCUGUUUGUAGAAUUGGCAUUUACACGUGUUUUCGAGCCCUUUGCUGCAAAGGACCUCCACCUCCACGACCAGAGUAUGACUUGGUUUGCAUAGGUCUCAGUGGCUCUGGCAAGACAAGCCUGUUGUCCCAGCUCUGCAGUGAAAAUAGAGAAAAUAUAGUGUCAACUACAGGUUUUAGCAUAAAAGCAGUGCCAUUCCAGAAUGCAAUAUUGAAUGUAAAAGAACUUGGAGGGGCUGACAAUAUCAGAAAAUACUGGAGUCGUUACUAUCAAGGAUCUCAAGGAGUAAUAUUUGUAUUAGACAGUGCUUCUUCAGAAGAUGAUUUAGAAAUUGCUAGGAAUGAACUGCAUUCUGCACUGCAGCAUCCACAAUUAUGCACUUUGCCAUUUUUAAUAUUGGCCAAUCAUCAAGACAAGCCAGCUGCUCGUUCAGUACAAGAGAUCAAAAAAUAUUUGGAACUUGAACCACUUGCACGAGGGAAACGUUGGAUACUUAAACCCUGUUCCUUGGAUGACAUGGAGUCAGUAAAAGACAGCUUUGGCUUUCUGAUAAAUUUACUAGAAGACAGAGAUCUUGAGCCUUCAAGGAUGUGAAGAAAACAAGGAUGGUUCUCAGAUAACAUUGUACCUGUUUGUCUUUCUUUCAGCUGAAUUAUGGUUUGGUAUACAGAAGGAUGUGUUAGAGCUUGCAAUAAAUAUAUUUUUGCAUUUAAUCCCAGAAAGUCUGUUUAUAAAUUCUGUGAAUCAGAUUUAUGAUUAUUUUCAGUAAUGGCGCCUGUACUACUGAAUCGUGAAUUCUUAUUAUUUACCAACAAAUCAGUUCGCUGUAUAAGAGUUUCCUGAAUUGUAGUAGCCAUAAUGCAGAAUUUUGCUGUAUGGGCAACGUUUAAACAUUUAAAUCCAGCUGUAAAGGGAGACCCAAAGUUUUGUGGAAACUAUAGUAGUUGAGAACCAGAGUACGUUUUGAAACCAAGGAGUUCAUUUUGAUGCAAAGAACAGCAGUCUUGUCAAAGAAUGUACCUUAUCCCCACUUUUUAACAAUUACAAAUUGAUUUUUUUUAAAAAAAAUCCAAACCAUUACUUUAAUAGGAAGCGUGGCAAAAACCUCAUUCAUCAUACAAUGAAAAUAUAAGUAUUUUGUUAGGAUUUGGAAGCCUCAAGUGCAAAUUGCCUUUGUAAAUUACAAAUUUUUUGAUUGUAUAAAAUGAUGAUGAAAUGGAGGCUCCCUUGUAGUUAAAAACAAGAAACAAGAAUAGAAUAGAAUAACAGAGUUGGGAGGGACCUUGGAGGUCUUCUAGUCUAACCCCCUGCUUAGGCAGGAAGCCCUAUACCAUUUCAGACAAAUGGUUAUCCAAUCUCUUCUUAAUAAGUAAGUUUGAAUAAUCACUGGAUGUAUUAUUCUUCAUGACUAGAAUUCCUAGCCCUUGGAAUCAUUAAAAAAAUUCAGUGUUUCUGAAUUAUAUUCAAAAGUCUACUGUCUAUAUUUUUUAAAUACCCCUAUUUUCAGGGGCUUAGAGUUCUUUUAAAUUUUAUUCCAGACUGAAUAUUGUAAAAAAAAAAAAGCUUUUCUUCCUGAGAAUAGAAAAUUUUGUUGUUUGUUAUACAUGAUAACACUCCAUCAUGAGUCCCAAGAAUGUAUUCAUCUUGCAGUUUUGCUUAUUUUGAAAGAUUGCUUCAAAAGUUAAAACCACCUUGUUCAUAAUACAGCACUGAAUUGCUCAUAAGUUGAAUUUGUAUAUUAAAUAUUAGAAUCCUUGAUCAAAACUAGAGUGGAACAGGUCUUAAGACAUGGCAGCGUUUGGUUUUGUUUCCUCAUUUUUGGCUUGAUUUUUCUUUAAUUUUAAGACAGUUGAAGAAAUAAAACACUUGCAAAGAAUGCCAUAUUUUACAUAAUUUAACACUUGUACAUGAUUGAGAGGUAAAAGUGAUUUGUUCUAUAAAUCUCUGUAUUAAAAACACCCCACCCCUGGGAAACAGCCAGUUUUUCUUUUGAUUAUUUCUGAUGCCACAUGUAUACAAUUAUAUGUAUAUAAUAGUAAUGGUGAGAUUACCAAAUAUAGACAUUAAAAUAGACCAAAACCUAAAAAUUCUAAUGCUAAUUGAUUUUUUGACAUCACCACUUUUUCCAUCCUGCAAUGCCAUUUCUAUAGUGAUAGGCAUUUUGAAUUAUACAGAGUAAUGCUUAUUUGGAAAGCAUGUGACAGUAUACAAAUGAAAUAAAUAUGUUCUUUCAAUUCAUGUUUUAUAAUUCUCUAGAUCCAUAACAAGAAACUAAGUUCAGUUGAUAAGAAUAUGAUAAUUUUCAUUGACUCAAAUCAUUCUUCAUUUACACUGGCAAAAAAAAUCCCCAUUUAUAUAAAUAUGAUUAAAAUAAUUUAAGAAGAAACAAUGGAGCUAAUUCUGUAACAGUAAUUAGGCCCUAUUUGUGACUUUAAAGCAAUGCCAUGACCAACAGGUGAGAGACAAACAAUUUUGCCACCUCUAGGCAUGAAUUUACCCCGAAUCUAGUUAAAAACUGAUAAAAGAAAGUUAUUUAGGAGUAAAAAACAUAUUUAGCCCUUUUGUAAUACAAAUUAUAGACUAUGAUUCUAUUCCUAACUAUAACAAGUAGUAAGUAAUGUAUUCUGUGGAGUUUUCUUACUAUUUACAUAUAUACAGUCCACCUGCAGAAUUUUUAUGAAAAUAAAUUUUACAAAAAAAGUUAUUAUUUCUCUAAGAAUUUCCAACAGAAAUGUUUGACUUCUGUUCUACUUGAUAAAAUCUGCUACAUGACUUCAGAUCAGCCCUUUCAUUUUUAAUGUCUGUUGGAUUCCAUUUUGAAGUUGCAGUUAAUUUUUUGUAUUCCUAAACACCUCACAUUUCUUAAAAAAAUAUAUAAAAAAGCAUGACCUGAUUAAAGUGUUCUUGAAAGUAUAUUAACCAGUAAGCAGUUUUUACCUUGCUCUAUUCUCUCCCCACUCCCAAAUCUGGCAUUCCAUUAUAAAUGACAUAAAAUUCCCUUUCCAUAUUCUAGCUCACAUGGCUGA